AUGCUGCAAGAUGUGAAUACCUCUAGACAGGGUGCUAGACCUCGGGAGGUUCCACAAGAGAAAGAGACGCACAAACACCUCAAACGCCCGAUUACACCACUUUUCUCCCUGUCCAAUGUCGUCACUUUUGAAGGGCUGGUCGACCAGGUGCUUUUAUGUCUAUCGGAGCAGCUUGACCAGCGCUUUGUGGCCACUGGCGAGACAUUUGACUUUGGUGAAUGGCUACAAUACUUUGCAUUUGAUGUGAUGGGAACAAUGUCCUUUUCUCGAAGAUACGGCUUUCUUGAGAAAGGUCACGAUGUCGGAGGCAUGCUGGAUGCUAUCUUUGCCUUCAUGGAGACUGCAGCGCCGAUCUACAAAAAUCAAGUGGUCCACAGACUCCGAAAAACUCCUGGAAUGGCCAUUUUGGGCGUUGUCACCAAAGCCAUUCGCGAUCGAUUAAGCGAGACAGUGGAUGCCAAAAACAGCAGGAAUGUCAACCCUGAGAAGAAGGACUUUUUGGCCCACUUUCUCGAAAUCCAGAAAGUCCAUCCUGAUCUACAGCCAUGGGCUUCAACUGCUUGGACCUUUUCAAAUGUCAUCGCUGGCUCGGAUUCGGUCGGUACAUUGAUAGGUACUGUUAUGUGGCAAUCAUCUGAGCCUGGAUGUUGUGCGCUCCAGGACGAAAACUUUGGGGAGAGGCUGAUUAUUCUACGGUUUACAGACAACAUCCUGCAAUAUCCAGAGCAAUUAGAGAAGCUAGGAGAAGAGCUUAAAGCUGCGAACAUUUCGUUUCCUUAUCCAAAAUGGGAGGAGGUCCGCGAUCUUCCCUACCUCGAUGCCUGUGUUCAAGAGGGAGCACGUAUACACCCUCCAUUUGCACUACCACUUGAGCGUAUUGUUCCCGCAGGAGGUGUCAUCGUACUGGGCACCUCUUUACCCGAAGGUACCCUAGUUGGUGGCAAUCCCAACGUGGUAAACCGAAACGAGCCAAUAUUUGGCCCUCGGCCUGAAGAGUGGAACCCAGAGAGGUGGCUCUGUGGUGGCGAAGGUCAUAAAAAGAAGCUCGAACAAAGCAUGUUGACUUUUGGUGCUGGGAGACGAGUGUGCCUUGGGAAGUACAUCGGUAUUUUUGAAGUGAAAAAGCUCAUCCCUUUUUUAAUUCUUAACUAUGAUAUUGAUAUCUUCGACCCGAAGGCGCUUACAGUGGAAAAUGGGUUCUUCGUGAAACAGCGAGGCUUCCUCUGCACGAUUAAGCGACGAGCCCUGUGA